CCCAGCCUGGGUUUCUCUGGCCGGCAAACUCCGCUGCUCUGGAGGCUACUUCCUGUGGUGUUUAUCAACCAUAUUUGUCUUAAAGAUUAGUAAGUACUUCCGUUGAGACCAUGACUAGGUGGGCACGAGUUACCACGACCCAAAACAAGAGACCUUUCUCUGCAACAUCCUGGGAGGACUUGAAGAAAGGCUCCUCCUAUGAGGGAAAAAGCCAGAACUUACGAAAGCAUCAGCAACGUGAAGUCAAUAAGCUGUCUCUUAAAAAGGAUGCACCCCAUGCAAAACACAAAAAGAACAAAAAGAAAAAGGAGUACUUAAAUGAAGAUGUGAAUGGAUUCAUGGAGUACCUAAGACAGAACUCACAGAUGGUUCACAAUGGGGAGAAGAUAGCAACAGACAGUCAAGAAGUAAGGGAAGAAAUAGCAAUUGCUUUAAAGAAAGAUAAUCGUCGGGAAGGAAGACGAUUAAAAAGGCAAGCAGCAAAGAAAAAUGCCAUGGUAUGCUUUCAUUGUAGAAAACCUGGCCAUGGGGUUGCAGAUUGCCCAGCUGCCCUUGAGAAUCAUGAUAUGGGAACUGGAAUAUGUUACCGGUGUGGGUCCACAGAGCAUGAAAUAACCAAGUGCAAAGCGAAAGUAGACCCAGCUCUAGGUGAAUUUCCUUUUGCAAAAUGUUUUGUUUGUGGGGAAAUGGGGCACCUGUCUAAAUCUUGUCCUGAUAAUCCCAAAGGACUUUAUGCUGAUGGUGGUGGCUGCAAACUUUGUGGCUCUGUGAAACAUUUUCAGAAAGAUUGUCCUGAAAAUAAGAAUUCAGAGAGAAGGAUCACAGUUGGUCGCUGGGCAAAGGGAAUGAGUGCUGACUCUGAGGAACUGUUGGAUGUGCCCAAACUACAGAAACCUAAAACAAAGACACCUAAAGUUGUUAACUUUUGAUAAGCGCUGUUCCUCUUGUCAGUCAUUACUUCAUUGUUUCAUUCUGAACU